AUGUCUUUGAUGCAAGCAUCCCGGAUCCUCCUAGUAAGAGCAACAGAAGAUGAAAGCCUGCGCAGGGGAACCUGCUUGCCCUUCCGUGGAGCUGAUGGUCGAACGCCCUAUGAGCGGUCUGCUCGAAAGCCCUGGCGUUUGAAGUUGCCAGAGUUUGGAGAGGGCAUCUGGUAUCAACCUUUGAAGGGUGAGAAGGAAGGGUCAAAGUUGGAGCCCAAGUUUGAGAGGGGCAUUUUUCUUGGAGUUCAAGAAGGCAGUGCACCGAAGUGGAUUGGCACCAACGAAGGGGUGGUGCGAGCUUGGUCCGUGAAGAGACGUCCUGAGGCUGAGCGAUGGGUGGUGGAUGAUUUGAACCUGUACAGUUGGAAGCUUGGAUGUGAACUUGCAAAUGCCGUUUACUCAAUGGCUCCAGACUUUGAGAUUGCGGACAAGGACUCUGAAUACGAACCAUCGAUUGCGGCAACAGAGGAGUUAGCUCUACCUGCCGCCGAACCUGAGCGAGUUCAAUGGCAGGGACCUCUACCACCCGUCCAUCGACGACUACGACAGAAGACAAUGGUCCGUGAGAAUGAGGAGAUGGACGAACCGAUGGCCUGGACUUCAGGACGAUCGACAUGUCAUGUAGCAGAAAAGCGAGCCUAUGAUGAAGAGAUCGAGGAGGAGCCGGUCAGCAAGAGGAGCCGACUCGAGUACCUGGAGAUCUUCGAACUGAAGGUCAACAAUCUUCUGAAGGCAAAGCAGAACAAGGAGAUCCGGUUCCAGGAACUCAGCAAGUUCAACAAGGAAUGUUUCUGUUUCAGCAAAGCGAUGAAGAAGGAGAUUGAGAAUAACCUGACCAUUGGAGCCUACGAACCACUGAGCUUGGAGGAGUCUGCACGAGUACGACAACAACAUCCUCUCAAGGUCAUGGAAUCCAGAUACGUCAUGACCGCCAAACCCUUGGAACCUAUGGAUGUUGAACCAGCCCAACAUGCUGGUUUACUUUUAGAAGGAGAUACUGCAGAACCUCGAAAGGCCAAGGUGAGACAUGUCAUGAAGGGCUUCAGUGAAACGGGGUCUGAGUUUUUGGACUCUACCACGCCACAGGUUACACGUGAUGCAGCAAUUCUGGUACUACAGCUCAUAGCCAGUUUUUGCUGGCGAUUGGGCUUCCUGGAUUUUACUCAGGCAUUCCAUUCAGGCGAUGCCAUCCAACGUCUUCUUUUUGCUGAACAACCACGAGAAGGAGUUCCAGGCUUGGUCCCAGGACAGCUGCUUAGGCUGCUGAAGACCUGUUAUGGUCUCACUGAUGAUCCCUACGCAUGGUUCAACCAUAUCAGGAGGGUCUUGAUCGAAGACCUUGGAUAUACUCAGAGCAAAGCCGACCCUUGUGUCUUUUUCCUUUUCUCCGAUGGCAAUGGCGGCAGAAAGCUUCACGGUGUCAUUGGACUUGCCACCGACGACAUGAUUCAUGGAGGAGAUCAGUACCACUAUGCCAAGAUGAAUGAGAUUCAGCAAAGAUACAAGCUAGGCAAGUUUCAGUAUGACCAAGGAAGAUUCUGUGGAAAAGAUAUCAAGAUGGACAAAGACGGCUCCAUCCUGAUCAACCAGGCCAUCUUUGCCAAGGACAAGAUCGCCGACAUCACCAUCAACCGAGAACGGAAGAAACAUCGAUACUCUUUUUGCGAUGAGGAAGAGAUUAGUCAGUUGAGGACCCUGUUGGGUUCUCUUUCCUGGCUUGCCAAGGAGACCAGACCUGACCUUGCAGGACCAGUUGCCUUAUUACAACAAGCUAUGCCGACAACCAGAGUGAAGGACUUGGUCGAAGGAAACCUUUUAGCACAAGAAGCCCGACGUCAUGCAGAGUCUGGGAUUCGAGUAAUGCCGAUCAAGCCAAAGAACUUGCGUGUGAGCAUCAUCACAGACGACUGGACCAAGAACGACUCGAUCAAAAAUCCCAAGGAUGUGAUUUGGAUUGGCUUCACCAAGUUUCUAAAACAACCAGAAGGAGCCUUCCUGAAGUACGAGAACAUCAAUGAAGUGUUUUUGCAGCUGCUGAAUACCAGCAGUCAAGGCGGCAUGAUCACCAUGUUCUAUGACGCCGAUCUUGAGACCAAGGAAGAUCCCCAGAUGAUCACGAUCGCCAACUGGAAAUCCACUCGUUUGAAGCGAAAGACAGUAAACACGCUGUCUGCAGAAUGCCAAUCCAUGGUGCUUGGAGUAGGAUCCGUACACUGGCAUCGCUUCCUGCUUUUGGAGGCACUAGGACAUCAGUUGAAUAGUUCCCAAUGGGAAGCUCAGUUGGCAGCCAUUCCUUACAUAGCUGUCACCGAUUCCCGCUCUCUCUAUGACUGCAUGAACAAGCUGGUAUGUUCCUACACACAGACUGAGGACAAGCGGACGGCCAUCGACAUUGCCAUCUUGAAGGACGACUUGAAGAAGUCCGGUGGCCAUGCACGUGAUCGUUGGUCUUGGUUGUCCCCUUGGGUUUUACAGAACCAGAUGAUUGGUUUGCCAUGGCAGCUCAAGCCGCCGGUGGAAGCCUCGAAGAAGGUGGAUGUCGGAGGGGGAAUUGAGUUGGCUGUGGAGCACGUUGAGCCACCCAAGCCUGAGGAGGUUGUGGUCAAAGAGAAGAGGAGGAUAGCUGAGGAGCUUGGAAAGACAGAGGAAGGAAAGGUCAGGCUUGAACUGAUCAAGAAACGUGAGGAGGAGUUCAUUGUGAAGCACCAUGAACGAGAGGAGGAAAGGUGGAAGGAGCAAGCAGCUCAUCUGCUGGUCACGUCCGCCCUGGCAGCCGGCCCAGGGGGCCCAGUUGAGCCGUCACCGGACAGUGGGCAACCACUGGACGGAGCCACUCCUGGGCCGGAUGAUAACAUGGGAGAUAGAGGAGAUGGAGGUGUCGAGAUGCCGCCUAUGAACAUUGGAGCUUUGGAGGUUCUUUGUCGGCGAGGUGGAUUGAAGAAGGUUGAUGAGGAGUUCUUGGGCAGCUUGCGAGAGGCAAGUUACCUUGAGGCCUUGGAUUUGAUGGCUGAUGAGGAGGUGGCAAAGGUGAGGAUGGAGUUGCAAAAGGGUGUGGCAGAACUCUAUUCGCCGACCCGGGUGACAGAAUAUGGAGAGCGGAAUGGCCUUUUGUCAGGGGUUGCGUUUGAUUUGACAACCUGUGACGAGGAUGGUAGCCCUUGGGACUUUCGUCUUCCACAACAACGACAAAAAGCUGCAGCAAAGAUCCAAGAGAUGCGCCCUGAGCUUUUAGUUGGUUCGCCAAUGUGUGGGCCGUUCAGCAACUUGCAGAACUUCAACAGAAAGACACCUGAGGCAGAAGCAGCAUUGCGCGAAAAGGAGGAAGAGGGCGAGCAACAUUUGGAAUUUUGUGCUGAGCAAUAUGAGGCACAGAUGGACAGAGGUGGCUAUUUUCUCCAUGAACAUCCCAGUACAGCUCGUUCAUGGAAGCGCCCUUGCAUCGAGCGCACUGCGGCUCGUGAUGACGUGUUUUUGGUGAAGGCAGAUCUCUGCAGAUAUGGUUUGAUGAGCAAAGAUGAAUGGGGUGAAGGACCUUCCAGAAAGACUACGUCCUUCUUGACCAACAGUGAGGAGAUGGCCAACGAACUCAGCUUGAGGUGCACCAAUGACAGUCAGGCGAUAGGUGUCUGGAAGGAGUACAGACGGAAUGUGAAGAGGGCAGGUGGUCGACGUACAGCAGGGCCACUUCAUUUUCCAGUUGUUCGGCGUGUGAUUUUGGAUGUGAAAAACAUGGUCGUCCUGCAAGACUUGAAGGACGCUCAGAACGCUCCCAAAGAUUUGUGGAGGUUUGAGAUUCCAAAGCGCUGCAAAGAAGUCCAAAUGAUUUUCUACUACGUGAAGAAGGGCCAUACAUAUCACCGACAUGUUCCACUCACAGAUGGUCGUGCCAAGCAGGCACAGGUGUAUCCUGAAGGGUUAGUUCGAAGCAUUGUGCAAGGUUUGCUUCGACAGCUGAAAAAGCCUGUGGCCUACGCUUGUGGUGUUACAAUGGGGCCGGUCAACCAGGAGAAUGACAUCGACUUCAAACUUUUCGAUGAGACAGCAGAUGCUGACUGGGACACCUUUGUAGAUAGGGGAAAGCCUUUGAAAACAGCGUUGGUGGAGGCAGCCAGAGCAGAAGAGUUGGACUUCGCAAAGCGGUAUGGUGUUUGGGAUUUGGUUCCUACUCAGGAGUGUUGGGACAGAACUGGAGCAGCACCCAUUGGAUCGAGGUGGAUCGACAUCAACAAGGGCGAUGAGAAGUCGCCGGCUUACAGAUCACGAUUGGUCAUCCAGCAGGUCAGACACUCUGGUAUUGAAGCCAUUUUUGCGGCAACACCCCCACUGGAGAGCAUCAGAUUUUUACUGUCACUUCAGCGAUCAGGCAACAAGGGAUGGAAAGUCAUGUUCAUUGACAUCAGGCGUGCCCAUUGGACUGCAAAGAUCCUUCGAUUGGUGUACGUCCGGAUACCCUCAGAUGUUUGUGGCGCUGAUUUUUGUGGCAUGCUCAACAAAGCGAUGUAUGGGUGUCGCGAUGCAGCUCAAUGUUGGGAAGCAGAAAUUACAGAUUUCUUUACAUCAGUGGGCUUUGAGACCACCUAUGAAGCAGAUCCCAGACAUGUGCAGAUUUUGUUGAAAGAGCUGGGAUUGACUGAUGCAAAAACAGUCACCUGCCCAGGUGUGAACAAGAAAGAAGAUGAAACAGCAGCUUUGGACCGAGCAAUGUCCUCAAGGAGAAUGAGUACACCGACGCAGGAUGACUGGGCAAACUUGAAACGGUUGGUUCGCUAUCUCAAAGGGCGACCGAGCAGCUUUGAUCGGUGCAAGAAGCAUGGCCGAAGAUCUGGGUUGCAACAAAUCAGGAUAGUAGAACUGAUCCGUGAGAUGGGCCUGAGAUUCGAGACUGCCGAGCACAUAAU